UACCUAACUGCUAUUCUGAGUUGGUGAUAUACAGUCACGUUUGAGGGAGACGACAUGGAGAAGUCAGAGGAAAUUGGUCUUACUACAUUCAAUCCAUCUCUUGAUGUUACGCCUGUAGAAAGUGACGUGGUUACAUUAGAAGAACGUGAAGACAAUACUCCCGAAGUUUGUGACGUUAGUUCACCCGAAGAAUGUGACGUUAAAGAACCUGGUAUAAGUGACAUUAAUGCACCCGGAGUAAGUGACGAUAAUGCACCCAAAGAAUGUGACGUAAGCACUUCCGACGGAUACAGUGCAGUUGAAACUAAGGGAAAUUACAUAACGAGCCCCAACACGAUUAAUUGUCCCGAGAAAUGCGACACUGAUGUACCCAACGAAAGUGUAGAAUCGGGUGUUGAUAUCGUCCAUGAGUCCGGUCAACAAGGAGGCAGGACAGACGCUGCUGAAAAUCCCAAGACUGACAUCACUGCUACAGGCGCCAACUGUGUACCGGGAAAAACCUCCCUGACGGUGCGGGUGUUGUAUGACUUUGAUUCCCAGCCUGGAACAGGUGAACUAAGUAUAAAGGAGGGGGAGGUACUCAAUGUCACUCGGCAAGAUGUUGGAGAAGGAUGGUGGGAAGGCUCAAACUCUCAGGGGCAAGCUGGGCUCUUCCCUGCAGCAUAUGUGGAGUAUUAUUUUGACACACAGGAGAUAACAGCAGCAACAACUGCUCCCCCUGCAAUGCCUCCACCACCUUUGCCCACUGAGUAUUCCAACAUUGGUGCAGUAGACUGGGAAGAAAAGCAAUCUGGUUUUGAGGCCAACAGUUGGAAUCAAGCUCAGAAUAAUACUGCAAACAUUGGAGCCAAUGCAGAACCUCAGAAACGACCAUUGUCACAACAGAUGAGUUAUGAUAAUGAAGAUUGGGAUGAUGACUGGGAUGAUGACGAUUCAGAACCAGGAACCAACAACUACCUCAACGGUGCUGGGAACUUUGGGUUAUCUGGACCUAAUCGUGCCGCUAAGUCUGCAAGCAGUGUUGGGGAUGUUAGCACAGCAGGUCGAGAUGGUCGAGGAACAGUCAGGAAGAGCUUCAACCGUUUCUCAAACUUAGCAAAGAGUGGUGUUGAAGAUUUUCUUGUAGGGGCAGGUAAAGCAUCUGUGGAUGAGAAAGAAAAGGUUUUUGUAGAGGAUUACGGAAAUGGGUCGGUGUGGAGGCCUAACCCACACGAGUUUACGUGUGGUAUCUCAUCACCCAAAAAAGAAUCAAAGUUCCAUGGCAUGAAGAGUUUUAUUGCAUACAGUCUGAUGCCUUCUUUUGCAUCUGCACCUGUUUCAAGGAGGUACAAGCACUUUGAUUGGAUACACGGUCGUUUAAGUGAAAAAUUUCCUCUUAUACCAAUACCACCACUACCUGAGAAACAGAUCUCCGGGCGAUUUGAAGAGGACUUGAUAGAAUAUAGAAUGACAAUGCUUCAAUCGUGGGUAGAUCGUAUAUGCCGGCACCCAGUAAUAUCACAGUGUGAGGUGUUCCAUCAUUUUGUUACAUGCCCAAAUGAUGAAAAAUUAUGGAAAACUGGGAAACGCAGGGCAGAAAAUGACAAAUUGGUUGGAGCAAAUUUUUACUUGGCAAUUGAAAGGCCUGACACAGCAUUGGAUGUAAUGCAAACAGAGGCCAAGUUGGAAGGUUACAAUCGCUUCUUCUCCACUCUGGAUGAUGCUGUUAAGCUGGUCCAGAACACAUGUAUAGACCAGGCCAAAAAGCAUCAGACGGCUUUCAAGCGGGAGUAUAAUAAAAUUUCACAUUCAUUCUCCAAACUCAGUAGGGCCUUUGACACAGACCCUUCUAACUGUGCUCCUGGUUUAACCGAAGCCAUUCACCACAUGAGUGAAGCAUACUCGGAUAUUGGUACAGUGUUUGAGGAGGAACCAAAGCAUGACUGGGACCCAUUAUGUCACCUACUCUUUGAGUAUAGAGGCCUCAUUGAUGGCUUCCCUAGUGUCAUUUCCAUAACAAAGGGAGCAAUAGCCAAGAGAAGACAAGUUGAAAAGGAGGCAAGUGAAGGGCGUCUAGAUUAUGACCAAGUACCACCUAUGGUCAGACGAUCAGACACAAUAGCAUAUGCUCUCCAUGCUGAGGUGGCACACUUUCAUCAAGAACGGACAAGGGACUUUAAGAAAGCCAUGACUUCCUUCCUUACUGAGCAAAUAAAUUUCUAUCAGAAGAUAACUGACCGACUACGAGACUCUCUUGAGAAAUUCAAUGAUGUGUAGGAUUUUCUAAUUAUUUCUGAGCAUCUCCCUGUUAGCUUUGUAAUUUACGUGAUUUUGUAUGUAGACUCUUGUUACCUAUUUGGAUGUAGGCUUGUAAAUAUUUUUUACAAGAGGCAUAGCUUCUAUGAAGUGAUUUACAUUACUAAAUAAUAUUUACAAGUACUUUCCAAUAUGAAGAUAAACAUCAUGAGUCAUCUACUGACUAUGUACAGCUAUAGUAGAUCAACUUAAAAUUACUGUCCAGGUAGAAUGAGGAAUAGUUUUGAAAAAAUUAUGGUGUAACUUAAGAUCAUUUGAUGCUCAACAUUUAUAUUAGGUAAGUUGUUAGGAUAUCAGGAGACAUUACAGUCUGUAUGUUUCAUAGAACAGAAACCUUAAUGAGGGAAUUACUAUGACUUUAGAUAACCAGGAUAUUACAUCAUGACCAUAGCAGAGACUAAAGCUUUUGUACUUAAAAAUAACUGGUAUUGAUUUUCAACCCUUUACAGUACUGAUAUACCUAGAGCCUAAAUGACAUACGGUGUUUCCACAUUUUAUUCUAGCCAUUGUAGUUAGGAUAAGCUGGUUAACAUGAAAUUUUUUAAGAUACAGGUAUCCCCCGUUUAACAUUCAUUCACUUUGCGAUAUUUCGGUUUAGCGAUAGCUAUAAAAUUAUUAACACACUUUCUUGUUUAACGAUUGGUCAAAAUUCGAUUUAGUGAUGUUUGACUCACUGGGAAAACUCAGGAGGUAAAUCGGAAAAACUGGAGAUUCUGUGCUCAAAGUGCGCAUUAUUACAAUACUGUACAUGUACUGUACUCUAAUGUGGGUUAGAAACAUAGAAAAUAUACUAUUAAACUAUAAAAUAAGGAAAAUGAAGAGCAUGGGUGUGUAUGUGUAAGAAGUGAAUGUAUGUAUUGAGGCAGUGAGCUGUAACUGGGGCCAGUUGCACAACCCCCCCCCCCCCUCG